UUCUUUUAAACAACAUGUCUUUGAAAACAUUUGAAAAGCUUUUACAUAAAUCCCAAAAUUUGAUACAAAAUACGGGAAAGAAUGAAGUGCCUUCACUUGAACUUGACUUGAAUCAGCUUGUUGAUGAAUCUAAUCUACUUUAUUCAAAGUUCAGUCAACAACAAUCACUUGAUCCAACAGCUCAAUACUUUUUAGCUCAGGGUGGUGUUAAUGUUCGAGAGAUUGAUGACAACUUACGAAAGAUAGAAUCAGUGACUUUAUUCAAACCUUCAGAAAUAAUAAAAAGCACGGAUAUUGAGUCUUAUUUACGGCAAAAGCAUGAAAAGAUCACAAAAGAGACAAUAAAGGAAGCAAGGGAAAAGCUGACAAAAGAGAUGAAAGAGUAUCUAAGCAACGCAUCCGAUAAGAAGACUCAACAAAGAACAACAGUAUUAAAUCAUCAAACUAAAAUCACAGUUCCUGAAGACAAGAUUGUGUCCUAUGCAACUGUUAUACGAGACCUAAACCAAAGCCGAAUGUUGUUAGAGCCAUUCCCUCUGAUUGAAAAGCUGAGACAGUUGAAGCAGCAUACAGAUUUGGCAAAGGCACAGGAAAGAUGCGUUGACGAUGCAUGGGAUAUACUCUGUUAUUUCACGGCCAACAACUUUCAAGGUACAUUCAAUAAAGCCAUACACCCUAAACCAUCAGAAAUCUAUGGCAUGACCCAGCAUUUAGUUCAAGCUGCCAAAAGCUGGUUAGAGCAGAGAUAUCUUCAAGGCAUUAAUGAUGUAUUGAUCAAGUACGCAACACAGGUUAAAGUGGGCGGUAUACCCUCCCAAAGUCGUCGUCUUCUUGCCUAUAUUCAGUUCAUGUACAAGAAUGCUAGUAACAAUUGGACUGAGCCAAAUCUUGAAUUACAAAGCGAUAUGCCUAUUUGGCUCUAUUUGUAUCUCUUGAUGAGAAUUGGACGUGAAGACAUUGCUCUUGAAUUUGUUGAAAACAAGCAAGAUUUGUUUUAUUUAUCACCCAACUUUCCUUCUUAUUUCAAGGAAUAUCUUUCAUCUCCAGAUAGACUUUUAUCUGAUGACAACCAAAAGAUGAUUCUAUCAGAGUAUCAACAGAUGGAAUAUGGCAUUGAAAAGUAUGAUCCUUAUAAAAAAUUACUUUACAAGAUCAUUGGUCGAUGUGAAAUGGAUAAACCUAUUCAAAUGAAAACAAAGGAAGACUAUCUCUGGUUACAUCUCUCUUUUAUUCGUGAACGGCCCUUUAGAGAAUUAUAUACUCAUGAACAAUACAGACUACGCGAUCUGCAAGAAUCACUAAAUACAAAAGGACCAUCUUAUUUUGAUCCUGAAAGGUUGAAUCCUUGGAGCUAUUUCACCAUUCUUUUAUUAUCUUUGCAGUUUGAAAAGGCUGUUGGCUUUUUAUAUGAAUAUGAAGCAUUUAGAUUUGAAGCUGUUCACUUUGCUAUAGUAUUUGCGUACUAUGGCUUUCUUCAAUGCUCAAGGAAGCAAAAUUCAAGUAUUGGUGAUAUAGUAUACAUUAGCUUGGAUGGGAGUGUGACUAUAGACUUUGAAAAGCUUAUCAGACAGUUCCUUAGAACGUAUGUCGCUGAUGAACUAACACCAAUAAUUGAUCAGUACAUGAGGCUGCUCACCAUUUACCCCACACUCUAAACUUUUUUUUUAAUAAGACUAGUUUGAACAAAGGACAAUAUCUUUUCUUUGUUUCUUUCAUGAGUUAUCUAUCUUGAUGAUUUUCUGAAAGCAAUCCAAGAGUAGCUUGAAAGUGUUAUAAGAGAGGGAGUCAAUUAUGAGAUAAGUCAGUAUCUUUCAGUCAUUGAAGUGCCCUAACCAAACAAAGGUCAAUUACAGUAUACAAAAAACCCAUUAUUCGGCGU